AUGAAUACUAUAUAUGUGCGCGCCAGACAAGCGUGGGUAGAUCUGGGCAACCCCUGCACUACUUUCAUGCUUCCGAGGCCUCUCUGUGGGCUUGUUAAAGAUCGCAGGGUGCUACAGCCAGCAAAGCAACCCUCACUCGAUCACAGUGCCUCCAGCGGUGGCGAUGAUGACUCGAAUUCGGAUGAUGGCGAGACCCCCGCCGGCAGCGAAAGCGCACACGCACACGAGUCCGAGGAGAACAGCUCCUCGGACACACUUGUGACGCCGCCGCUCCAGGACGACGUCGAUGGCUCGGUCGAGGAGACCACCGAGCCUCAACCGUCAGGCAACACCUUGGGGGUCUACCGCUUGGGCAACCUGUGGGCUUGUCCCAUCUGCCACAGCACGUCCAAAACCCCCAAUGACGCGAAAAGGCACCUCGUCACCAUCCACGGCAAAAAGAAGUUCCGAUGCCCAGCAUGCGAUAGGUCCUUCAAUCGCAGGGACGCAUUCAAACACCACUUUGAAGGCGUGACAAUGAGCGCUUGCAAGGACUUCAUGGUCACAACACUGCUGCCGACGGAGUCUCUCAGAACCUUCGAUGCCUCUCGAUACCUUGUCGCGGCCGACACAAUUUCGCUGGAGAACAGGGAGGAUGGAGGCAUGCAACAUCAGCCUCAUAAAGCCCAAGCAGAGCUGAAACGUACCCUCUCCGGAGAGGCAAAUGCUGAGCAGCGAAGGUUGCUCGCGCGUCCUCUUAAGCAUGGCCAACUCAACCGUCAACGGUGUAGGCUGAUGGACCUCGGGACAUUGGCGACCUUGGACCUUGAAGAGCUGAAACAGAACUCAGACCCUCAAACCAAUUCAAACAUCGUUGCCGACACCGGGACACCUUAUACGGCGUCCAACACCGGCUCCCAGAAACGCAAGUUAGACGUCGGGAACAAGGAACUGAAGAAUAGCCACGGAAGAAAUACAAAGAGGGCUUCCCCGUCUUCUGUCGUGGGGAACAACUAUCCGAUAAGGGAACGUGUACUUGCCACCUCAAACCACGCACCCACCGUGACAAGACCGGAGAAGAGCAUCGGACGCAUUUGUGGGUCUGUGCAGGCUGUCACAUGGGAUACGUCCGUCCAGACAAAUUGCGACCAGAAUUCGGGAACUGCACUCUGCGAGCUCCCGAAUUCUAAAGGAGCCCUUGGCAGAAUGCUCGGGAACCGAAGAGGCCCAAAAACCGAUGCUGGCUCCUUCCUACGACAUCGCGAGGGUAUGCACGGCAUCAUCCACAAGGGCAAAAAGAAAGCGGCGGAGAGCGGCGCGGUCAAGUCUGAGAAGGGGCGCAGCACUCGCAAGCACAAGCCCUACUCCAAGCGGACCAACACAGGCGUCGACAUCACCAACACGCAGGGUGAGAACGGCCUCUCGGAGUUGACGACGUACUUCCCGCAGAUGUCGCUGGCCGCCCGCCAACAUGCGAUCGCACCGCAGAUGGUGGACCCCUUCGGCCCGGAUAUGCUCGUCACGCUCGAGAGGCUGCAAAACGAUCUACAGGAUUCUGUAGAAGUUCAUCAGAGAUCCUCAGAAAAAACAAACAACAACGAUAUACUGAGCUUUGUCAAUCGCGUGAGGAACGUGCAGGAAGACUCGCGCGACUUGAAGUGGUAG